GUUUUAAACAGGUUUCAGUUCCGAUUAGGGAAUCCUGAGUGUUUGCUCACCCCUACUAAAUAGUAGUGCAAACGAGCUGCAAAGGGACUACAAAUAAUGAUACCAUAACAUAACUCUCAAUACUCUUGUCUCUUGAAUCUUGAUACAAUGACCCAAGUCGUUAUUAGGUGAUUCAAGCCCUAAUACAGCCCACUAAAUUUCAUGCAACCCACAAGCUUCUUACACCGACCCACUCAAUCACUUGAAUCAAAUAAUCAACCCUCCAAUAGUCCAUUACACUAUUCAAAUACUCGUACCAAAAAAAAUUAAGAAAUCUUCCACAAAAUUCAAUUCAAUCGCCAACAAAAAUGUCGACAAAUUUAUCAACACUUAUUAGUCACCAAAAACUAACAGAGUUAUCUCAACCAAUUCAAGAACUUCUUUCAACAACUCCUUACAAUCCCCCUGAAUCCCACGAUGUUUCCAUCAAAUCUCUCUUUCAAUCCCUUCUUCCUUCCAAAACCCCCAAUUCCACCAACAUUCUCCCUCAAAUUAGGGAUUUCUGUCUCCUCUGUGCAUUGAUAUCUUCUUCAUACGCUUCAACUUCACCUCUUCUAAGCUGGAUUCCUGAACGUCUCAUUGUUGCGUCGCAUUUGGCUAUUAAAGCUCUUUCGGAAGCUGUUUAUGGCGAUUCUCACCCGUAUUUGAGAUCCGAUACGAGAUUGGUUAUUGAUUUAAUGCCGGAAGUUAUCCCGUUGAUUAAGGAAACGAUUAAGGAGAGUUCCAUUGGUGGUGAUGAAAUUUCUGCGGCGUCUUCUAGGGUUCCUACUUCUUACGCCAUUGUUGCUGCUUAUCAGCUUAGUUGGUUUGUCUCACAGGUUAAGAAUCCAGAAUUAGGGAAAUUAUGUGGUUUGAUUAUUCCAUGCGGGCUUACAGCUCUUGAUCACUGGUCUUCUGAAGUGAAAGGUCAAGGAAUGAGCAGCUUCAUACAUGUAGCUAAAAAUGUCAAUACUGCUGAUCUUGGCGGAUAUGGAGAUGUGAUUCUGGAUGCAUGCUGUCACAAUAUUGUUUCAGAUGAUGAGAUAUGGCACCUUGCUGUUGAGAUGUCAGUAUGUUUUGUGACCUGUUUGCAGAGGAACAACCCUCGUAGCCCUUGGUUUGAGAGGCUUUUAAAUGAUAUGCUAGGUCAUUUAGAGCGCCAACCUAGGGACAAGAAGCGCCGUAUUGCAUGGCUGAAACUUGUUCAACCACUCUUCUGCUGUGUUGGUCUUGUUCUGCUAGCUCACUUCAGACGUUUGUUUCCCCUUUUCUUCCAAUGGGUGCAUGCUGAUGACGAUGAAACUGUUCUAUUGGCCCUUGAAAGUAUCUACACAGUUGUGAAAUUGACAUGGUUAAGGAGCAGUCCACACACUAUAAGGUUAGUGGAUGAACUAGCCAUUCUAUAUAAGGAGGCUGCUUUGAAAACUGCUCGAGAUGAUAUAAGAGUACAUAUUUAUCAUAUAAUGAUCCUGCUUCAGCAAUCCAAAGGGCUGCAGUUUGAAGUGACUUGGGAGAAGUACAAGGAUGACCCAAACUUGGGGACUCUUGUUCAGUCCAUUACAAAUGGUUUUCCGGUUCUCCAAUGAACACUAUGGUGCUCAUAAAUGCAGCACAACACUUGAGACUUGAAGACUCAAAUAGAUUUGAUAUGCAUUCCUUUGCACUACCAAGGGCUUAAGCCUUGAAGUGUUUAUCAGAAAACAUCGUAUUGCAGCCCAACACUUGAGAGGAGUCGAGGGACAUUGAUAUUGGAGGCUUUGGAUAGGUUGGCACUUGAGUCACCCGGGCUUUGCAAUAUUAAAGAGGCUGCUGAUUAUAUACGGAGUAAGAGGACAUCAUUCUGGAAUCAGGAUUAUGCUAUAUUUUAGUCUCACUUUGGUUUCAUCUACAUGUAGGCAUGUACUAAAUAUUCAGCUUUUUUUUUCUUUUUUUUCCCUUUGGAGCUGUGUUUAUUCAAAAAAAAAAAAAAAAGGUGAUAUAUUGGAGUCAACAAUUGUCCUCUGUAACUAUUGAGCACAACGUCUUCACUUACAUUAUUCAAUCACUCAUGGAAAGGGUUCUUA